CUCUCUGUCCCGCCAUUCUUUUAAUUACUUGUCGUACGCGCCACCGCCGGCCGCGCCUAACCAGCGCCGUAACACCAACUCGCCGCCGGCCGAGCGCGCACAAACGCCCCAUGACCACUCAGGCGACGACCACCGCGGCGUGGACCAAGGAAGAGGACAAGGCGUUGGAGAACGCUCUCGCCGCUGCCGCGCCGCCGCCGCUGGACGGCCUGCCAGAGGACGACUGGUUUGUGGAGCUCGCGGCGAGCGUGCCAGCACGGUCGACGGAGGAGGUGCGGUUACACUACGAGGCACUGGUAGAGGACGUGGACGCCAUCGACGCAGGACGCAUCCCACUCCCGCGCUACGCUGGAGAGGAGUCCGCCGAGCCGCCCUACGGUGCCGCGCCUAAGGACGGCGGCGGCGGGCACCGGCGCGAGGAUCGGAAGUGCUACGACUCGGGGAAGAACUGCUCCAAAGCGGAGCAGGAGAGGCGCAAGGGCAUCCCAUGGACAGAGGAAGAGCACCGGUUGUUUUUGCUGGGGCUGGACAAGUUUGGCAAAGGCGACUGGCGGAGCAUCUCGCGCAACUUUGUCAUCUCCCGGACGCCGACUCAGGUGGCGAGCCACGCCCAGAAGUACUUCAUCCGCCUCAACUCCAUGAACCGGGACAGGCGCCGCUCCAGCAUCCACGACAUCACCAGCAUCAACUUCGGCGAAGUCGUCCCGCAGCAGAGCCCGAUCACCGGCCAGGCCACAGGAAGUCCCGCCACGGCGAUCAUGAAGCACCCCGGGCCGCCGCUGCCCGGGAUGGGCAUGUACGGGGCGCCCAUGGGCCAGCCCGUGGCUGGCCACCACAUGGUCCCUGCAGCCGUCGGCACGCCGGUGAUGUUCCCGCCGGGGCACUCGCCCUACGUCAUGCCUGUAGGCUACCCGGCUCCCCAGGCGAAGAUGCAUCAUCAAUAACCUUUCCAAUGCCACACUUACUCCAAUUGCUUGACCUUUGCUCCUCCUUGCUCGUGCAUGCGCACCAGCAGAUCAACCGCCCCCAUGAACGGCAGAAGCAUUUCUCCCUUGUUCUUUUCUUGAAUCUAAUUUAUUCGUUUUGUGUAGCCAUCCGUCCCUGAUCCUCUCCUACUUGGUGUAACAUAGAUGAGUCUGAGUGCAGAGAAGGUCGGCAAGUAAGCAAGGAAGUAUUUGCUUAGUGUGGCAAUGUUAACAGCCCACUACUAGUUUUCACUCAA